AUGCCGUCUCCAACCCAACCCGAGAGCACUAAGUUCACGGUUCUGAUCCGUUUGCCUAUCCCCAGAGGCGACUUUGUGGAUCCUCCACCAGUGGACUGGAAUGCAGCCAAAGAUCAAGCACUUUGGGACAUUCUCUCCCGCCCGUCAAAGGGAAAUGAUAUAGACUGGAAAGAGCUUGCCGAGAGCUUUGAAGUGACGCUCCAGUUUCUCCUCCAGCAGGCAGCUUGGUUGUAUGAUCGCCAGUUAUCGCAAGUUCGCGCGCAAAUGCGCAAGGUCGGCAACACUCAUUCAAAUACUGCCUCACCAACCCCUGGCUCAAUUUAUGCCAGCACGGCCUUAGCCCAACCAGCUAAGCCUGGCCAGGGCAGCAAUUCGCGGGCUCCGUCCCGAUUGGCAUCACAACCAAAGGAGAACCCACCGACGCGAGCACCGCUCCCGAGGCGAACUAGUUCUGGAAACACGGUACAGCAGAUUAAGGGCACCCGAGAGCCAUCACAUCCCGGAACGCCGACUACGGAGUCCGAGGAGCCGAAGUGGGAAAGCCAUGGUCGUCGACCUUCGACAAGCCGACGCGAGCAAGCCCAUGUUCCUGCCACUGUCCAAAAAUCCCCUACACUUGAAGAGGAAGAUUUUUCGUUAAGCUCAUCUGAGUCCAAUUCGGAAGAUGACGACUACGCCUCAGCAGGUCGAAGGGGUAUUGGGAUCAAAAGGUUUGGACGUUUCUCUACGCAUCGGCCGGGCCUACGAGACGACGACGACGACGACGAUGAAUCACCAGCUUUCCUCCCUCUUUCACGAGGCCACGGCUCUGUAUCCCAUAGGGCCUCUGGGCAUGACCUUAGUACAACUUUAAGAAUGGAGCAAGAAGGUAUCUCUGCGCAACAGGGACGAGAGGCCGAGCCGCCUCAAAACUUGAGGAAAUCGGCCACUACAGAGUCUUCCGAGAGCUCAAUAAGCUCCGGUGUACCGGUAACUCAUUCACGCAACCAGCGACGCACUCAAAUCAAUCAUCCCAGCCCUCGACGAACCGCUGAUCUUGCGCGUAUGAGCCCUCGGCGGUCUACAGCUUCCGGGAGGGAUAUUAGCGAUGGGACGCCCAGUAUGGGAAGCAGUUUCAGUGACCUGGAUGGGGAUACGAGUGUGACUCAAUCAAUGCUUGAGGAGGCUCUUAUGAGCAAUAUGCAACAUGGCGGAAUGGCAAGUCGGAUGAGUACAAUCAGCCAAGCGCUACGCAGUCGCUAUCUUCCGUGA